AUGUCUGACUUAGGAAGAAAGAACUUAUCUGACAAAAUUACUGAAUCUGUGAAACCAGACUCCGAGAAGACUACCAUCGAAAAGGCUAAGGAACAAGUUACUAGCACUGUCGAUGACCUCGCUCGUAAGGCUACUCCAGAAGAACAGAAGUCUUUCUCUCAAACUGUUGCUGACAAUGUGAAGGAAGGCCACGAUGACGCCAAGGAUGCUGCUCAAAAGAACCAAGCCACUCUUGUUGAGACCGCUUCUGAAUACGUCGAUGCUGCUAAGGAGCAAGUUGCCAACGCCGCUCAAUACGUCUCUAGCGUUGUCACUGGUGCUAAGGACGGUGCCGAAACCGGUCACGAAGCUGGUAAGAAGUAA